CAAACCCAUCGCCACGUCUUCCGCAGCAAACGUUGUGCUUGGGCAGCGCAGCAUCUUCCCGGACCGUCUGUUGUAUACGAGCUGUAGAAGCUUUCUGCUGGUCAAUAUGCGCCUAUCACAUAUCUUAGGCGUCGUCUUGGCCAUAAUCCUGUCUUGCUUCUCCGCCUCCGUCACCAGUUUCAACCUCAACCCCGAAAAGCACCUUCUCUCCUCCGCCCGCACCCUCACCUUCUACGACAAAACACGUGUCAAGUCUCGUCGUCACUUCCCACCCUCCUUUCAACUGGAAUGCAUCGGAGGCGACGCAUGUUCUGUUCACACUCCCGCAGCAAUCCAAUGCCGAAACAUGGGAAGCCAGUUCGGGGAGUCGGACGAGAAUAUUCAGUGGAGUUGUUCGGCGGACCUUCCGGCGACGGUCAAGUUGGGCCGUACGGAUGUGGUGUGUGAGGGGUAUAGUGGCCCGAAGGAUGAGUAUGUGCUGAGAGGGAGUUGUACGUGCGAGUACACGCUCUAUUUGACGGAUGAGGGUAGGAAAGUGUAUGGAAAACGAGGGGGAAUCGGAGGCGUGGGUCAUCCUACCAUCAGUGAAGUGAUUGGGCUCUUAAUAAUAGGGUUCCUCGUAUGGCUUUUCUUCUUCGCACCAAGCUCGCCUGCUGCUGGACGUGAUCAACCUGGUGGCAUACGUCCAGGCUUCGGAGGCGGCGGUCCCGGAGACGACGAUGAUCUUCCACCGCCAUAUGAUCCCCAUCCUAGACCGCCACCCAAGCCUGCGGCUCAGCAACAACAGCAGCAGCAACGGGGAAGUGGAUGGAGCCCAGGAUUCUGGUCUGGGUUAGCCGGAGGCGCCGCGGCUCUGUAUGCCGCAAACCAGGUAAGCCAACGGAAUGCUGAACAAGAAAGGACACGUAGAGGAGGUGGUGGAUGGGGUUCGGGAGGCGGAUGGGGUGGUAGCUCUGAUGGGGAGGGAAGCUCGAGCACGUGGAGCUCAACGGGUUUUGGAGAGACGAGGAGGAGGUGAUGAUACAUGCUACCGUUUGUUGGUCCAUAGCUUAAUCUAACUUUCCAUAUCGUGUCAUCUAUCUUGUAUCCUACAGUUUUUGGUUUGGAAGAAUCUAAGCAACCGUCUCC